CAAACAUCAAGUGGUCAGCUCCGUGCACCAUGAGACCUACUAGCACUGCUUUUCGAGUACUAGGCACAUGCCACUUCUUAAUUUCCAGCUCAGCUAACCCCAACUUGACACCAUUUCUGUCAUAUGCUUUGUCUCUCUUUCCCACAAAGGAACUGCCAACUCCCCUCCUUCCAUUCGCUCAAGUUGCACUCUCAUUUCUGAUUCAAAUUAUUAGUGCAGGAACAAGCGAGGCUAAUUAAAGGUGCACGUUCUGGUUCAGAUUAUCAGUGCGGCCGCUGAGCGAAGCCCAAAAGGCUCACCGUAAAGCAAGGAGCAAAGAUAGGGUAGCGUCCAUGGGCUGUGGGGCGUCGAAAUGGAAGGACCCCGGUGUUGUGCGCCGGGGGAGGCCAAGAAGCGUCGGUGAGGUGGUCGUCUUCCUCCCAGGGCUGAGGGUACCAAGAACCGUAGACUUCUCGCAGUCUCUCGCGGAUCACCUGGACAAGAGCACGGUGGAGAGGCUGUCGGCUCUAAGAGCAACGGUCGUGGCAAUGGCAAUGCAGGAAUCGGCCAUGGCCCUCAAGCCGAGGCGAAGGACGACGCGGCACGGAGGGUCUGGCACUGCUAAUCUUCUCCGGGCUUUGGAAGAGUACCUACCAGUUCUGCUAGGACUGGUGAAAGAAAGCAGUGGUCUGAGAAACAAAGUGCAGUUUGUUUGGGCUAACCAAGAGGACGAUGCUGAGGAGACAUCCAUGGCGGAUGCUUGGUAUGAGGUGCUGUCUGUGCUGCACCUUAUGGCCAUGGUGUGCUUCCUGCAGGCCAACUCUCUGCUUCUUCCGAGGUCAUACGGCGACGGCCAUGGGCCGAGGGUGUCUGAAGAGAGCAGGCGAGCCACUGUUGAUGUUUUCUUGAAAGCCGGUGGGUACUUGGAUUGUGCAAUUAAUCAAGUACUUCCGCAGAUACCGCCCGAAAAAAGAAGGGCACUCCCGGUAGAUCUAGUUGAAGGAAAUCUAAAAGCUCUUAGCUUGCAAGGACUUGGCCAGGGAGUUGAUAUGCAACUUGGAUUGGCAAUUGAUAAUCCAAAGGCCACUUUAGCAGUCAAACGACGUUUAGCUUGCGAGAUGGUCAAAUAUUGGCAGCAGAUUAAGGAUAGCAUACCGGAGCUUCCUUUGUCAGAUGGAUGGGCAAAAAAGCACACACUAUUUGUAAAGUGGAAGUAUGCUGAAGCAAAGGCUGCUGCAUACUACUUCCAUGGGUUGAUUCUUGAUGAGGGAAACACCGAGAAAUCACAGGAGAUGGCAACAUCAUCCCUACAAGCGUCAGAGGAGUUUCUGAAAGAGAGCAAAAGAGCCUCUGAGGUCUUCCAUUCGACUCCUCCGACAUCAAGGAUCUCAACUCCUUUCGGAACAACCAAACAUCUCUUGGACAUGAUCCCACAAGAGACAUUAAGCAAGCUCCAGAAUAACCAGGACCUUAACACCCAAGAAAGAACAUCAAAUACCGGAGUCAGCCGGAUCAUCACACCGCCGCCUCCAUUGCCAGAUUUCCCUUUGGCCCUAAAUCCUGAGGAAUAUGAGCUUCCCCAAUUAGACCCACUGUUGAAGAAGGAAGCUAACCACUAAUGAAGUUUCGUUACCAAGCUCAGGCAAGAAAGAAGGCCUUCUUCUAAAAGGGAUCACUCCUCCGCAGCUGAAAAAGAACAUAAAUUCUGCAACACUUUAGAGGACAAUAGUGAGAAACGAAGUCUAUUACGCCGAAUGUUAGAAAGAAAAACAAUUUUAUUAAUGUCGACCAGUUAAAAUGAAUUACCCAACAAGGUCCAAGGAUCUGAAGAGCAUUGUACAGACGGAUCUUUUCUUGUGAAUUAAUGCUUUUGUUGACAGAUUUCUAGCCACCAACUUUGCUAGAAAAGUAUAAAGUAAGCAUCCAGUAUAUCCUCUCAUC